AUGUUCAACAAGCUGUCCGGGCAGCCAGAGAGCUAUGAGAAAAAGUCUCUGUACAAGUUCGGACGGACCCUUGGUGCUGGCACCUACGGUAUUGUCCGUGAGGCUGAAGCUCACGACGGAAAGAAGGUCGCAGUCAAGAUCAUCUUGAAGAAAAAUGUCCGGGGAAACGAGGAAAUGGUCUACGACGAGCUGAAGAUGCUUCAGAAGCUCUCACAUCCUCAUAUUGUUUCAUUCGUGGACUGGUUCGAGUCUAAGGACAAAUUCUACAUCGUGACACAACUGGCCACUGGUGGUGAGCUGUUCGAUCGGAUUUGCGAGUAUGGCAAGUUCACAGAGAAGGAUGCUUCGCAGACCAUUCGACAGGUGCUUGAUGCUGUCGAUUACCUGCACAAGCGAAACAUUGUCCACCGUGACUUGAAACCUGAGAACCUCCUCUAUCUAACCCGUUCUGCCGACUCUGAGCUAGUCCUGGCAGAUUUCGGUAUUGCCAAGAUGCUAGACAACCCAUCGGAAGUUCUGACUAGCAUGGCGGGCUCCUUCGGCUACGCCGCACCCGAGGUUAUGCUUAAGCAAGGCCACGGAAAGGCUGUUGACAUGUGGUCUUUGGGUGUGAUUACUUACACCCUGCUGUGUGGUUACUCACCCUUCCGCGCCGAGAACCUGAGCGACCUCAUCGAAGAAUGUCGCACAGGCCGGAUCAUCUUCCACGAACGCUACUGGAAAGAUGUGUCCCAGGAUGCCAAGGAUUUCAUAAUGACCAUGCUUCAGGCUGACCCCAGCAAGCGCGUGACAUCCGAAGAAGCCCUCAAGCACGAAUGGUUGACCGGAAAAACUGCCAGCGACCGCGAUCUGCUGCCCGAGAUCCGUGCCUACAUUGCGAAAGCUCGUCUCCGCCGUGGUAUCGAGAUCGUCAAGCUUGCCAACCGUAUCGAAGCUCUCAAGGUGCACGACGAGGACGAAGACGAAGACGAUAUUCCUAGCCCGGUCGCCAUGGCCGAGCAAAGCGACGCCACUCCAGGCUCAAACGGGGAUGCAUCCCCCGGCCACACCAAGAAGCACAGUCUUGGCAAGAUUGCCCGUGGGGCUAUCUUCCGUGAAGUUGUCUUGGCCAAGGUUCGCGAGGCCAAGGAUAAUGAGGAGCGUGAGAAGGUUGAGCGGGAAGCACGCGAAAAAGCUUCUCAUUAA